AGAAGGAAAUGGAGGUAAUGAAAGGAGUAGACUUGAAGAAGUACAUGGGUCUUUGGUACGAAAUCGCCAGAAUCAAGUCCAAGUUUCAGCCAAAAGAUGGUGUCAACACAAGAACCAUUUACACUCUCAGAAAAGAUGGAGAAACUAUGAAUGUCCUAAACGAGACAUGGACUCCAAACGGUAAAAGAGGCUCAAUCGAAGGAAUUGCUUACAAAUCUGAUCCAAAAUCUGUUGAGGCUAAGCUCAAGAUCAAGUUCAUGGUGCCUCCUUUCAUGCCAGUCUUCCCUGUUUUCGGGGAUUACUGGAUUUUGCACCUUGACGACAAUUACCAUUACGCCCUCAUCGGCCAGCCUUCCAGGAAUUCUCUCUGGAUAUUGUGUAGGGAGAAUCGUUUGGAUGAAGAGAUCUACAAAAUGCUUGUGAAGAAGGCAGCCGAUGAAGGCUACGACACUAGGAAAGUGUGCAAGACAUAUCAUACUGAACCCCCUCCAUAAUCGUAAUCAAAAUUGAUGCAGUUAUCAAGCUAUCUAUUAAUAUUAUAUUACCGUUUGGUCUAAAUGUAACAAACAA